AUGGACAAUACUAAUUGGAUGGUCAACCAGACUGGAGGAUCAGAUUUUAUCCUAAUGGGACUCUUCAGUCAAUCCAAAUAUCCGGCAAUGUUGUGUGUGGUCAUUUUUGUGGUUUUCCUGAUGGCCUUCUUUGGAAAUGCUGUCCUAAUCCUUCUAAUAUGCUCUGAUGUCCGCCUCCAUGCUCCCAUGUACUUUUUUAUCAGCCAGUUAUCUCUAAUGGAUAUUGUGUACAUCUCCAUCACUGUGCCCAAGAUGCUCAUGGACCAGGUCAUGGGUGUGAAUAAGAUCUCAGCCCCUGAAUGUGGGAUACAGAUGUUCCUCUACUUGACACUAGUAGGUUCAGAAUUUUUCCUUCUAGCUGCCAUGGCCUAUGACCGCUAUGUGGCCAUCUGCCAUCCUCUGCGUUACCCUGUCCUCGUGAACCAUAGGGUGUGUCUCUUCCUGGCCUCUGGCUGCUGGUUCCUGGGCUCAGUAGAUGGCUUUAUGCUCACUCCCGUCACCAUGACCUUCCCCUUCUGCAGGUCCCGGGAGAUUCAGCACUUCUUCUGUGAGGUCCCUGCUGUGCUGAAGCUCUCCUGCUCAGACACCUCACUCUAUGAGAUUCUUAUGUACCUGUGCUGUGUGCUCAUGCUCCUGAUCCCUGUGACCAUCAUCUCAAGCUCCUAUUCAUUCAUUCUUCUCACCAUCCACAGGAUGAACUCAGCAGAGGGCCAGAAGAAGGCUUUUGCCACCUGCUCCUCCCACAUGACCGUGGUCACCCUCUUCUUUGGGGCUGCCAUCUAUACCUACAUGCUCCCUAGCUCUUACCACACUCCUGAGAAAGAUAUGAUGGUAUCUGUCUUUUAUACCAUCCUUACUCCUGUGCUAAACCCUUUAAUCUACAGCUUUAGGAAUAAGGAUGUCAUGGGGGCUCUGAAGAAAAUGUUGAGUGUGGGAUCUGUUUUUCAAGAAACUAUAAAGUAGACAAUUUAGUACUAAUGAUUUUGUCUCCUUUUCUCUAUAU